AUGGUCAAGACGGAUUACAACGACAUUAUUGUCGAGGUCGCAGGACAGUUUAAUCGCCCCGACUACUUGAAUGCUUUCGGUGGCCGACUACUCCCGGAAACAAUCAACGCCUUUCGGGAGCUCAACGAGCAUCCCGAUACCGUAUUUACCGUCCUCACCGGUGCAGGCCGAUUCUUCUCCGCCGGCUGGGACAUUCGAAACAACAGUUUCCCAAGCGGUCCGUUCGAAACCGACGCCGACGCCAAAAUCGCACACGCGACUCACCUUUUCCCUUGCCUUGAACUCAUCCGCACAAUCAUCGACCACGGCAAAAUCUUCGUCCUCGCCUUGAACGGACCGGCGACCGGCGGCGGCGCCGCGUGGUUCCCCGGCCUGGCAGACACCAUCCUCGCCGCCGACUCGUGCCACCUGCACGCGCCGUUUUCGGCGCUCGCGCUCGUGCCCGAGAACGGCUCGAUCCGCACGCUGUCGCACAGCCUGGGCAUCCACCGCGCCAACGACAUGCUCCUCUACGGCAACAAGGUGACGGCGCAGCAGCUGCACGCAUGGGGCACCGUCAGCGAGGUUUACCCGACCGAGGGCUUCCUGUCGCAUGUCGAGGCGUUUCUGGAGCGCCAGCUGCAGCAGAAUGACGGAAAGAGCAUGAUGAUUGCAAAGAGGCUCCAGACGGCGCCGCUGCGGAACGAGAGGCUGCUGGCGGCGUUUGAUGCCAUGGAUGCGCUGCAUGAGAGGCUGGUGGAAGGGGCACCGACGGCGAGAUUUAUCAAGAAGAUUCAGGAACUGCAGGGUAUGUGCGUAAAGGAUGCUGUUUGGACAUGUGCUGACUUGGUGAUAGAGAAGAAAGAAAAAGAAUCGAAGCUGUAA